GUCGUUGAACAGGUGCCACCAACAUCCAAGGAAAAAAAAAAUCCAACCCGCGUUCCGGUCGAGCGAGUCGCCACGCGAAAGGCACGAGAGCGACGCAUAGCCACAUAGUCCUAUUCGAUCUGUCUCGCAACUUUUUUUUUUUUUUUUUUACAUGCAUUUAAAGGAAAUGGAGAUCACAAAGAGUCAUUGCGCAUACCGUGUCCAGGACAGCUUUGCGCCUCUGGAGAAAGCUUCGCGCAGUCCUGAGAGUUCGCUGCUUAAAAGGCAGCGAUGCGGCAGCCCAGAGCGCCUGAGGUGCACGCGCAGGCUGAACUUUGGAGCUCUUCAUCAUCUUCACCAUCAGCAGCAGCAGCAGCAGCAGCAGCCGGUGGCCGUGGCCCGGCGCAACGAGCGCGAGAGGAACAGGGUGAAGCAGGUCAACAUGGGCUUCCAGACUCUCCGGCAGCACGUGCCGAACGGCGCUGCCAACAAGAAGAUGAGCAAAGUGGAGACGCUGCGCUCGGCCGUCGAGUACAUCCGUGCGCUCCAGCGGCUCCUGGACGAGCACGACGCCGUGUCCGCCGCGUUCCGCCGAGGCGUCCUAUCUCCCACGGUGUCGAGCUCGUGCUCCGCCGGACCUGAGUCUCCGCGCUCCGCGUGCUCCUCAGACGACGGCGCGUACGAGCAUCUAAACUCCGAGGAGCAGGAGCUGCUGGACUUCGCCGCUUGGUUUGACGGCUUCUAGCCACAGGUGUUUCUGUUGCUGUUCUGGUGCUGAAAAGAACAGCGGAUUAUCCGGUGAUCCCGUCUAGACUGCGCGUUCAACCAAAACGCCGCGCAUGCGCGUGGAAAGUUUUACCCGUGCUCUUCAGCCCAAAAAGCCCAGGCACCUGCCAAUGUGAUUACCAGAACAUCAGGAGAACAUGCGUGGCCAAUAUAGACUUUUACUCAGAGACUUUUAACUUAUAUUAUAUAUAUUUUUUUCGUCCAAAUGAACGCAAAGACCUGAGAAUCAAUAAAAAAAUGCGCAUUGCUGCGUUGUAGAGAUGAAAAACACUGGUGCUGGUAGAAGUGCACGGGUCUCAACACUGAAUCUGCAUAUGUACAGGCAGAGAGUGAGUUGUAAAAGAGUUUGCAUUCACAUUACACCAAGGAGUGAGGGUUUUUUCUUAUAUGUUUUGUAUUUUUUGUGUGCACUUGCGACUUUUCCUACAAAUCUGUUUAUAUGAUUGUUUUAUAUAGAGAAUGCUUAUUUUAUGUACAAUAAAGAUGCUAUUUAUUCAGAAACA